UCUCUCUCUCUCUCUUAAAUUCGCAGCUCUUUCGCUUCCAGAUUUAAACCCAAAGAAACCAAACAACAGUCAGUAACCCCCCAAACACUCGCUAGUCAGUAAGUAGUCACUGCUAUCUCUGUCUCUCUUUUUAUAUUCACGAUUCACGCUAUUUAAUCGAAUCCCACCUAUGUGAAUUGAAUAAGCUACCAGCUCCAAUUCCCAUGGCCGCCAACAUCUUCCUCUACACUCUCUUUUCCCUCCUCAUCUCUUUCGGUUCCUUCUUCCUCCUCCGCACCACCACCGCCCACUUCACCCGCCGUCGGCGCCGCCUCCCGCCUGGAAACUUCGGCCUACCCUUCAUCGGAGAAACCCUUCAGCUCAUUUCAGCUUAUAAGACUGAAAACCCGGAACCCUUUAUAGAUGAUAGAGUGUCUAAAUUCGGUUCCCUGUUCACCACCCACGUUUUCGGCGAGCCGACCGUGUUUUCGGCUGACCCGGAAAUGAACCGGCUCAUUCUCCAAAACGAGGGCAAGCUUUUCGAGUCGAGUUAUCCGGGUUCCAUAUCCAACUUGCUGGGGAGGCACUCCCUGCUGCUCAUGAGAGGGAGCCUCCACAAGAGAAUGCAUUCCUUGACUAUGAGCUUCGCGAAUUCUUCCAUCAUGAAGGAUCAUUUGUUGAUGGACAUAGACCGGUUGGUCCGGCUCAACAUGGAGUCUUGGACCGGCCGCGUGCUUCUCUUGGACGAAGCCAAGAAGAUCACGUUCUAUCUGACGGUGAAGCAGCUGAUGAGUUUUGAUCCAUGCGAGUGGACUCAGAACCUCAUGAAAGAGUAUAUGCUGGUUAUAGAGGGCUUCUUCUCAGUUCCUUUGCGCAUUUUUUCCCCUACUUAUCGCAGAGCCAUUCAAGCUCGAACAAAGGUGGCCGAGGCAUUGAGCCUGGUGGUGAGGGAGAGGAGGAAAGAGAGUGAGAGAGGAGAGAGAAAGAAUGAUAUGUUGGGGGCAUUGUUGGACGAAGAUGGGAACGGAGGAGGAUUCUCGGACGAGGAGAUUGUGGAUUUCUUGCUAGCUUUGCUGGUGGCCGGCUAUGAUACCACUUCCACCAUCAUGACGCUCGCCGUCAAGUUCUUAACCGAGACCCCUCUUGCUUUGUCUCAGCUCAAGGAGGAACAAGAUGAGAUCAGAGCAAGAAAAGGUGAAAAAGAGGCGUUGACGUGGGAAGAUUACAAAUCAAUGCCUUUCACCCAGUGUGUAGUGAAUGAAACUCUUCGGAUAGCUAACAUAAUCAGUGGGGUGUUUAGGCGAGCAAUAACAGAUGUCAAUAUGAAAGGUUACACAAUUCCAAAAGGAUGGAAGGUUUUCGCUUCACUGAGGGCAGUCCAUCUGAAUCAGGAAUAUUUUAAAGAUGCUCGCUCUUUUAAUCCAUGGAGAUGGCAGAUUAAUAACAACACUCCUGGAGCAACAAGUCCGCUAAAUGUAUUUACACCGUUCGGUGGAGGACCAAGGCGUUGUCCAGGUUAUGAGCUUGCCAGGGUAGAGCUCUCAGUUUUCCUUCACCACAUAGUUACCCGUUUCAGUUGGCUUCCUGCUGAGCAAGACAAGCUGGUUUUUUUCCCAACAACAAGAACGCAGAAGCGCUGCCCAAUCAUCGUCCAGAGUAGAGUUGUGUCCGGGCCGUGUAAAGAAGUAUAGAGGCCUAAUAGGGAGAAAUAUAUGGCUAUCAGAUUCUAGGAAUCCAGCUUUAGUCAGCAGUAUGUACUGGGACUUAAUAAAAUAUCAUUAUACAGUUUAGCACAUUCA